AUGCUGUUGGAGGGAGGUCACCAGCACUCAGGCACAGGGGUCAGUGCGAGCGCGUUCCAAAGGCACCACUCAGUGCAUUCACCAGCCGAGAUGCAGGAGAGAGACCCCAGCUUUAUGGAGUCGGUCCACAUCGCCACCCAGGGACCCGGGUAUGGCCCAUCCUACGCCAACUCCACACGGGACUUUAUCAUGCGCAACCGGGGAUUCGGAGACUCUUCCCCUGCCAGCGAUCAGCACUCUCUCCUCAGGACUAUGGCUGGGUCCCUCCAUCACUCACACGUCGAGGGCCAGGGGCAUGGACACCUCCUCUUUCCCGGGAUGCACGACCAGCACCACGGCUCUGCUAACGUGCUGGGCGGCCGGCUGGGACUACCAGGGGAGGUGUUCGGUAGAGCGGACCAGUAUCACCAUGUUUCCGGACCAAGGAGCGACCCUUACGGCCAAUAUGGGGCCAUGGGUCUCAACAUGGGCAUGGCAGCUCACCACCAUCAUCACCCAGCCGCGUUCUUCCGCUUCAUGCGGCAGCAGUGCAUCAAACAAGAGUUGAUCUGCAAGUGGAUAGACCCGGACCAGCCCGGAGGGGCGAGCCGGUGCUGUGGCAAGACCUACGGCACCAUGCACGAGCUGGUUACGCACGUCUCCGUGGAGCAUGUCGGUGGGCCCGAGCAGAGUAGCCACACCUGCUUCUGGGAAGAGUGCCCGCGCGAGAACAAAUCGUUCAAGGCCAAAUACAAGCUGGUGAAUCAUAUUCGGGUGCACACUGGAGAGAAGCCUUUCCCGUGCCCGUUCCCCGGAUGCAGCAAGGUCUUUGCGCGCUCGGAGAACUUGAAGAUACACAAGAGGACGCACACAGGUAAUUCCAAAAGAAAUAUGUCUGCAGGUUGAAUAUCUCAUGGAUAUAAACUUCUGUUUUAGAUAUCUGAUUGAGUUUUAUAUGGAGUGAGGUUAUUUAGAAAGUUUAUAGGCAAAUGGCCUUCAAAAAAUUAUGCAUAACUCUCCCAUGUUUUAUUUGGUGAUGUGCUUUGGGUUUUAUCUGCAGGGCCUAUAACUAAAUUGUAUCAGAUAUUUUGAGAACAACUGUGACUGUAUUUAUACCAACAAACAUAUUUAAAUUCCUCAUUUUGUUCUCUUCCAGGGGAGAAACCGUUCAUGUGUGAUUUCUUCGGCUGCGACAGACGCUUCGCAAACAGCAGUGACCGCAAAAAACACCUGCACGUUCACACGUCUGACAAGCCCUAUCUGUGCAAGAUGUGUGACAAGUCCUACACACACCCCAGCUCUCUGAGAAAACAUAUGAAGGUCCAUUUUCUCUCAUUACCAAAAUAUGCUUCUCCUGGACACCUUUGUUCGGUGACAAAAGUGUGGAAACCUUUGUGUCGAAAUUGUGGUCAUUUUUGAGAGAGUGUUUUUUGACGGAUUUGUUUUUAUUUCUUUCAGGUGCAUGAUUCUCUGUCAGUAGCAGACACGUCGCCCCGAGCCAGCAGCGGGUAUGAGUCCUCGACGCCCCCGGGUUUAGUGUCCCCUGCCUCGGAGACCCAGAGCAACAUGUCCCCGGACUCUGCGGUCCUCAGUAGCGGACACAGCAACCUCUCGUCCAACUUCAGUGAGUGGUAUGUCUGA